AUUGAAUUAAGCAAAGUCUAAGUAGGCACCGAUACCGGGGUUCUAGAUAUUUAUGUUGGUCUUGUUCUUCUGUUGGUUUGUUCUGUGGCGCACUUAUUUUACCCCUUCGGAAUGAUUUUCCCUACCAAGGGAGUUAUCAUCACCAACGAUGAUUGGUUCCCAAUCCGAGGGUUUGUCAGAAUAACCGGUGAGUAUUCUUACAUCUAUACUAAAUAGGUAGUAGUAUGUACUUUCGUGCUAUCUAAUCCGACUAGACCCCGACCACAUGGAGAAAGGCGACUUAAUUACCAGGUAGCUGCCGGGCUGCCUUUGUGGCACUUUUGUUCACAAGACAAGUGAUUUUUCGGCGCAUGGCGUCUUCUCAGUCGCGAUGGCGGACCGUCUGCAGAUGCAUAUCCACUUAUAGUGCACCUCUUUGAGCACGCCUUGGCCUGGUAGGGUAAAGAGGUGCUGGGUGGCAUAUAACUCGGAGCCGGCGUCAGAGCAUUGUAAUUCUCUGUAUACCUACUCUAGGUACCCAGUCGCGAAGAUGUCAAAGCAGCUUGAGAUUGAGCCAUCCCGUAUACCGAAUGCCGAGUAUGACGAAGAGAAAAGACAGCGGGAUAUCGUCGAAAUGGAAAAUUCACUGCCGAGUAAUCAAGCCUUGGAGAACGGGGCGGAUGGCGAUAAAGACGGAGAUGGAGACGGGGACGUCCCCAAGUCAACUUUGCCAUUUUCCAAGGCAAGAUGUAUUGCUCUCGCUGCAACAGUGACAGGUGCUAGCUUCCUCAACACACUCUCAAUCCAAUCGGUCGUCAUCAUCUUGCCAACCAUUGGCGAAGAUUUGAAUAUCCCUGAAAGUCGAUUGCAAUGGAUUGUUUCCUCGUACGCCCUCGCUUUUGGAUGCUUUCUGCUCUUAUGGGGCCGCAUAGCAGACAUUUAUGGCAAACGCUCCAUUUUCAUCUUGGGUAGUGCUUUCGUGGCUGUGACAAUGAUCAUUAACCCAUUUAUACCAAAUGAAAUAGCCUUCAACUUGUUCCGAGGCCUACAAGGGCUCGGUGCUGCCGCCAAUGUGCCAACGGCCAUUGGGAUUCUUGGCGUGACAUUCCCACCUGGUAAAGCAAAGAACUAUGCGUUCAGCGCAUAUGCUGCUGGUGCCCCCCUUGGUAGUGUUUUUGGAAAUCUCAUUUCAGGCUUUAUCGCCUCGUUUGCUAACUGGAGAUGGGUGUUUGGAGCUACUGGUGGACUUGCAAUCGCUGUCACAAUUGCAGGCAUCCUGUUCAUUCCCGCACCACCGCCGUCACUAACAACAGGUAAAGGUGGCCUGUCCGCUCUGAAGUCUGUCGAUUGGAUUGGCGGUGCUCUUGUCACUGCUGCAACGCUUGCUCUAUUGUUCGCUUUGACAGAAGGAAAUGUCGUGGGAUGGGGCACAAUCUGGAUCUACUUGCUGAUUGUCAUUUCUAUGCUACUCCUGGUUGUUUUCGUCGGAUGGCAAUGGUACCAGGAGAAGCAUAUGACGAGGAAGCCAUUAAUGAAAAUAUCCAUGUUUAAAAGCGCCCGCUUUAGCGCCGCCAUGGUGCUCAUGGCUUUAUUCUUCGCUGCUUUCAAUGAUCUCGUCGUUUCAGCCACCUUCAUCUUCCAGGACUACCAAGCGCUUAAUGCGCUGCAGACCACGCUCCGAUUCAUCCCUACCGGCGCUUCAGGGGUCAUCACCGCAUUCGUCGUGAGCCACCUCAUUUCGCGAGUACCUACCUGGCUGUUGCUUUUUGGUGGCAAUAUAAGCGUAUCAAUCUCGUGCCUGUUGUUCUCAAUACCUAUUCCUCCCGACACUUCGUACUUCGCAUAUGCAUUUCCGGCUUUCAUCCUCUCAGUCAUCGGUGCCGACAUCACUUGGCCGUGUCUGACACUCUUUACUUCCAAAUCUUUGCCUCAGGAGGACCAAGCAUUAGGAGGCGCCCUUAUCAAUGCCAUGGGCCAGCUCGGAAGAGCCGUUGGUUUAGCCAUCACGACCGCGAUUCAGACCGCGGUUAUGGCUAGGGACCGGGGAGUCCCCGUCGAAGCGUCAGGCAAGAUCAUGCCUUGGGAACCCGCUUCCCUAGCCGGGUUGCGAGCAGGCAUUUGGUUCAAUUUUGGCCUCGCAAUAUGCUGUGCAAUCAUCGUGGCAGUCUAUUUCCGAGGCACUGGUAUCGUGGGUAAGAUUGAGAAAAAUCAGCAGCAGCAGCGACCAGGAGGAACUCUUGAUCAGAAAAAGGUACCGUGAAAUCAGGAUCCUUCUCGGAGAUAGCUACCUAGGUACCUGCAGAUACAUACAAGGCAUCGUUGCUCGAAUUAGAACCACCAUUUCAACUGUUGCAUUCUUCAAUCACUGGGUAGCACAAUCGGCGCUUUUUCUUGUACCGCUGUACACCUCCAAGGUUGCUACCCUACCUAGGUAUCAUCUAUAUGCCCUAUCUAAAGUGUAGGUAGGUAGGCAUGCAGAUGCCU